AUGCCAGUAACGGAUGCUAUACUGUGCGAAAAAUAUGAAACUCUCAUGGACCUGGCUGGAACCAGCGGCAAAUGUGCUCUAAUCGAUCAGCUUGGGGCGGGGGAAAUGGCUCUUGUUGGGAUCGACUUUCGUGCUCCGCUAAGGGAAGUGAAGAGAGUUCAGUUUGGAAUCUUAGGCCCCGAUGAAAUCAAGCGUAUGUCGGUUGGAGAAAUAGAAUUCCCAGAAAUUUAUGAAAAUGGGAAACCAAAGAAAGGUGGCUUGAUGGAUCCUCGUCAAGGAGUUAUAGACCGAAGAGGACGUUGCAUGACAUGUGCUGGUAAUUUGGCCGACUGUCCCGGUCAUUUUGCUCAUUUGGAGCUUGCAAGACCUGUGUUCCACGUAGGAUUCCUAUCGAAAAUCCUGAAGAUUCUUCGUUGUGUUUGCUUUUACUGUAGUAAGUUGCUUCUGGACAAAGACAAUCAACGUGUCAAAGAAAUCAUCAGAAAGACGCAAGGAAAUCCUCGGCGUCGACUAACCCUUAUCUACGAUAUGUGCAAGUCAAAAGUAGUUUGUGAUGGCGGAAAUGAGAUUGAGAGUCAAACUGUGGAGGAUGGAGAUGAUGGUGAAAAAGUUAUUAAAGCAAGUGGUUGUGGGCGAUAUCAGCCCUCAUAUCGUCGUGCAGGAAUCGAUAUCAAUGCAGAAUGGAAAAAGAAUGUUAACGAAGACACGCAGGAACGUAAAAUUUUCCUAACCGCCGAACGAACUCUAGAAAUUUUCAAACAGAUUUCUGACGAAGAUUGCAUGAUUCUAGGCAUGGAUCCAAGAUUUGCUCGUCCCGACUGGAUGAUUUGCACCGUCCUUCCCGUUCCGCCACUAGCAGUUCGUCCAGCUGUGGUUACCUUUGGGUCUGCGAGAAACCAAGAUGAUUUAACGCACAAACUCUCUGACAUUAUUAAAACCAACAUCCAGCUAAGAAACAAUGAGGCGAAUGGUGCUGCUGCCCACGUGUUAGCAGACGACGUGAAGCUACUCCAGUAUCACGUUGCUACACUUGUAGAUAAUUGUAUUCCUGGACUUCCGACGGCUACACAAAAAGGUGGAAGGCCGUUAAAGUCAAUCAAGCAACGUCUGAAAGGAAAAGAAGGGAGGAUUCGGGGGAAUCUUAUGGGUGAGUACUUCGAUAAUUUUUUAACUUCAUUCUCAUCUUCCGUCUUAGUUGUAUAUCAAUGUGGUUCUACGUUACGAGCAUGCCAGCAUUUCUCGUCGUUACGCAUUGUUUGCAAUGCAUGCGACCUGAAAUUAAUCACCUUUUGGUCUAAAGCGAUCAAGACUUGA